AUGCCGCUGAUGAACGGGAACAGCGUAGCCCUGGAGAGACGCAUGGACCUGGCGUCGCUCUUCUGCAUGAUCGGCCGCCACGGACCCGCCGUGGCUCUGGCCGUGAUCGCGAUGGUGUCGGUGCUGGCGGCGUUCAUCAUCUACCGGACCGUGCGGGGGAAGACGCAGAGGAAGGCCACGGCCGCGGCCGGGGAUGGGGACGGAGACGGGGACAGGGAGAGCCCCGGAGCGCGGAGGGACGCGUCGGGGGCGAGUUGGCCGGAGCAGGAGCUGAGCCCUGGGGAUCCACGCAGCUCCUCCUCCGAGGCAACAGAUGUGAGCGAUGAAGUUUCCUCAGAGAAGAAGGACGAUGCUGAUCAAUGUCAACGUGAUCUGAAACUCAGGCAUCGUCGAGCUCCUGCUGCUGAAAACAAACCUUCCUCUUAUUCUCCUGCGGGGAGCUACGUCCAGAUACCGGAGGACGAGAACAUGACUGCACCCGACUCAGAGGCAGGGACAGUGGUCCAGGACUCUCACAGAGAAGCAGAGACGUACACAGAGGAGGCCACUCACAACCUGGAAUGUGACACGACCACGGUGGCUGAAACGAAGGUGGAGAGGGCAACACAUGAUGGAGUAAGAGAAGAAGAAGUCCUCGAGGAGGUCCAGGGGGACGGAGGCUGCUGGAAGGAGCUAGAGGGGAUUCGUGACGAGCGACACAAGGAGGUUGAGAAGGAGUUUGAAGCCGAGGAUCAGGACGAUGGGAGUGUGACCACAGACGAAGAUGACUCUUGCUGUUGUAUCUGUUAUGGCAAAGCCGAGUUGGAAGAAGAGAAUCACCCUCGAGAUAGUAUCGACGACAGCAAUCAUUCCAGUUAUCAGCUCUCUCCAGAGGAAGAAAAGGAGAACGAGGGUGAGGAGGCUGAAGAGGAGUUUGUAGAGCAGCAGCUUGCUCCUCAACAAGACGAAAUCUGUCCUUCCACGUGUGAACAGGAACCGUCUUCACCGCAGGAUUGUCAACAACCACAAAGUGAAGAGAAACAAGAUGAAAUCUCCAAACCUCUGGAUAAAGACACGGAUUUCACUGAUCCUGGCUCUGACGCACCUUUGCUCCAGAAGGAGCUUCACCACAAAAUCAAUCAAACAUCUGCAGACUACACGUUGGCUGAAGAAAGCGUUGACCUUCAUUUGCCGUCUCAGGACGAGGACCAACAAACUGUCCGAUUGUUUAAUAGUGAAGCUGAAGAUACGAGCGUCACUGCUGCUCCUGAUGCAGCUGUUUGCGAUAAUGAUAAGAUUACCACAUCUGUGAUGUCUGAGGAAAUAUCCCCCCCUGACACGUUGGCUUUACCCCAUGACCUAGGAAGUGACCGAAUGCAAACUAAUGGCACGAGUCCGGACCUUGACCUUCUCAUGUGGAAACCUCCAUUACCGUCUUUGGAGCGGAGUGAGCUGAGGGAUCAGGACGAGGGCAGCAGGUCGUCUCCUGCUGUUGAAGCAGAGAGCGGGAUAUCCAGCAUGGCUGCCAGUCCUGAUUUACAAGAUGCUGGUCAUGACUUUGGAGAGACAAUAGAAAAUAUGUUAGUUCCACAACUGGAUUGUGAUCAAGAGUCAGAAGAAGGGACAGAUUCCAAAAACAACCUCUACGCCGAUGAUGCUGCUGUUUCUAUCAUGAAGGCCGAUACAGCCGGUCUGGUUUUUGGGCCUUACCCAUCACGUGUCUCCCAUCAACCCCACAGCGAGCACACGGGCGAGGCCAAGUUCGACUCGUUUGCAGACAACCAGGACACGUUUGGCCACGAGAUCGAGGACAGUUACCACACAGCACUGGAGCAGCUUAUGUUGCAGAUCUCAGCGAAUGCAAUGAGCACAACCGAUGAGCUGAGGAAUCAGACAGAUGAGAAGGUGGUUGUUGAGGUUGUGGAGAAGAAGGAGAAGGAAGACGUGAGAUCUGCAAAUAAAAUGAAAACAGAGGCAGAGACGGAGAAAGAAGACGACUACGAAAAGACUGAAAUCAGUAUCAUGGAGGCGACUAUGGACAAUAACGAAUGGAUCACGGACAGUUACCAAGUCCUUCCCUGGAUGAACAUUACCGUCCCGUCUUUUUCCCAAGACCACAAAACCACCGACCAGCCUCCCGCUGACUAUCGCCAGCCCGGCUCUUCUCUCACCGAUGUUUCACGUGUUGAUACAGAGCCCCCCCCAUCCACUGAAGACAAACAAACCAGCUCUCUCUCUGCUCUGGACGAUAAUACUGAGUACAACAAAAAGGUCGUUGCCGUCCAUCCGAUGCCCCAGAAUGUUAAUGUGACGUUCAGCCUCCACUAUCUCACUCGCUCGCCGUACCAGACGGUGGCUGUCACUGGGAACCAGCAGGAGCUGGGGAACUGGAAGGAAUUCGUCCCACUGGAGAGGGCCAAGGACGGGCACUGGGCCACGGUGGUCAGCCUCCCCGCGGAGAGCCAGGUGGAGUGGAAGUUCGUGCUGGUGGAGAAGGGUGAAGUGUGUCGCUGGGAGGAGU